CCAUGCCAUGGGGAAGGAGCAGGAAUGAGAGGAGGGGAGGCUUUGACCCUGGGGGCACUGAGAUCUGUGUCACUGCCGAGCUUUCCCUUGGUGGGGAGCGGAGGUGGUGGCACCGUUCCCAGGGACAGGCAGUAGUGAGGGGCGCACAGUAGAGAGGGGAAUCAAACCAGAGAAGCUGUAGUGCGUACAGCUUCCUGUCCCCUCUGCCCUGCGGGCCCCAAGGCAGAACUCUCAUGUGGGACUCACUUCACAGCAGCUUUGGUUAAUAAUAAUAAUAAUAAAAGCCACCUUUCUUCCCCGUGAUUUCAGAUCUCAUCAUAGCGUGCACAUACAAAUCACUUCCUCCUGUGAUGAAAUGCAGCCUGCUCUGGGGUGGAACGUGGCAACUGUUUAACAGCUCACAGUGACACUGCACAGUGGUCUAAGACAGGAAUUUUGCCUGGGCACUGGAGCCAAAACCUCUACCCCCAAUUCAUAUGUGUGUGGAGUGCAUAGCUCAACAAGGCCCUGAUCCUGGAGAAAGUAAAUAAGGAAGUGUUAUUUACUCCUUUUCAUAACCCAAGAACUAGGGGUCACCAAAUGAAAUUAAUAGGCAGCAGGUUUAAAACAACAGGAUGUAUUUUUUCACACAACGCACAGUCAACCUGUGGAACUUUUUGCCAGAGGAUGUUGUGAAGGCCAAGACUAUAACAGGGUUCAAAAAAAGAACUAGAUAAGUUCAUGGAGGAUGGGUCCACCAAUGGCUGUUAGCCAGGAUGGAGAGCAAUGGGGUCCCUAGCCACUGUUUGCCAGAAGCUGGGAGUGGCUGACAGGGGAUGGAUCACUUGAUGAGUCCCUGUUCUGUUCAUUCCCUCUGGGGCACCUGGCAUUGGCCACUGUUGGAAGGCAGGAUACUGGGCUAGAUGGACCUUUGGUCUGACCCAGUCUGGCCAUUAUGUUCUUAUGGAUCCUUUGCUGGGACUCUCAGGACUACCACAAUACAAAAUGUAUAACAACACUCUGAAGAAAAGCUCUGGAUUGAUCUGAACCUGACCUCCGUUUUAUCUCUUCAAAACACAGAAACUCCACUGCUCUGAUUCUGCCGUGGGAAAAUCCCUACUCUAAAGGUGUGGUCUUUAAAAAGGUGGGGGCAUGGAGUGAUCUCUGAGGUAAUAAACAACAUGGAAUUAGAAAGGCAAACAUCACAAAAGCAUGGUUGUAAAUGAACACACCGUGGCAUCCAGAUCCUGUGCACCAUUUCACAAAAGCCACGAGGUGGUGCUGCUCCAACAGGAACCUACAGAAGGAGAGAGCAAGCAGUUAUGAAAGGUGGCAUUGCCAGCAACAAGUGUUCCACAAUAGGAAGCACUAGUGGGCAGACGAGAAGAGUUACCCCUUGGCACAUCUGCUUCAAGGUGGGGAUGUGGGGCUGGUUAAAUUCUCCUCACACUUGCCCUAUUUUAAACCCACACAAAGCACCAGCCUGACAGCUCGGAAGACUGAAUUUGCCAAGCUAGCUACAGAGCACAGACAGCAGCAGUGCAAGCUUCCGCCAAGCUGCCUCUUGCCAAUGCAUCUUACCGCCCAAGCCUUAGUUGGAGAGGCACCAGGAGACGCUGGGCCUCCGAUCAGACUGUUGACAAGAGACAAUUACAGUGCAGUAGGUGAGGUGGGCAGUUUUCCCCCAGGAAAUUGGCUGAAACUCACCAGCUACCAACUGGCUAUCAGCUAUUUGAUCAAUAUCAGCUUGGACUGGAUGUGAAUGCAUCACCAUUGGUCUAGCUUUCAUUCCUAAUUACCUGAACCAGCCAUUCUCCACUUGCUAAUUGAAACAGAAGAGUUUUUAAUUUGAAGACUCCUCUCAGCUUCCAAAUGAGUAUUGCAUAUUUGUUACUAUUCUCAUUAAUGGUGGCAAUGACUCCUUACGUCUCCAUAGCACCAGAGCUCACAAGCAUCCGUCAGCACUCUGCUGACGUGGUAUAUGAAUAAGGAUAGUUUCCCUCGCCCCUGGGAUGCAGCUGACUCUGGGGUUGAAUCCUCAUAGCCAUUGUGCACCAGUAACUGGACAGGUCUCAGGAGAGAAAGUGAAGAAAAACUGAUUCAGUUGAAUGUUUGGAGGAAUUUGAGAUCAGCUGAGUAAACCUGGGGAACAGGGGUAUCAGAGGCGGCCCUGUGUUUUAGGUAUGGCUUUUGGAUGGAAACUUACUUGCUUCUGAGGAAUUCUAAUGCAAUUCACUGCAGCACUGAGGGCAUUAGGGCCCUGAGUUUUACACUGCCUCUGAAACCCUGUUGAGCACACACAGCUCAGGGGGCCUGCAGGAAGCUCAGACUGAUAGACAAUUGAGCAAUGGGAUCUUCUGCAAAGCGUUAACAUGUGAAUGGGAUCCUGACCUCACCUCACUUAUUGUAGAGCCGUCGCUGGGACAAUGUCUGUGCAAACCCCUCAAGCAUGAAGUGUGUUCCUGUGUGUGACUAGAAAAUGACCUGCUGACUUAUGCUGCUCUGUCACUUUCAAUAUGCCACUGGGCUUCAUAAUCCCAAAAGACUGAGAAAAAUGGGGAGGGCUGAUCCCUUGCAAGGAGAGGCUGGUCUUUUUCCAUCACAUGGAUUGUCCACUAGAUCUGACCUUGGGUGAACCUUGAAGCUUGUUGAUGAGAUGGAAGGGGCAAGAGGGACAGGACAGGGAUAUAAAGGAAACAUUAAUCAUGCAUUCACAUGGCUGUUUGGGUUUAAAUUUACACCCUAGGCAACUUUUAGAGGUGCCUUUCCCUAGGAAUUGCAUACAACAUAGAGAUAACUCAGUCUGGAGAAAACUGCCUGCCACAGGUAGGAGAUUCCUCCUUUCCCCUCUGGAAGAGUCGACAGUGAAUUAAAUGCAUUGAUUUUUUCCCCUUUUACUUAGGCUUAGCAAAUCCUAACCCCUCUGUUAUGCAUUUUAGCCCCUGAGGGAGAACGUGAGCAUAUCAGACAGUCCCCUUCACACCAGGCUGCGUAGAGCACGUCAGCAAAUGAGAGACUUCAGUUUUUUAGAACAACAUUUCAUUGUGCUCUCUGUUAUGCCUGCAGAAACAAUGUAUUCUGAACCCAGCAGCUCUUCCUUAUUGGCAAUGUUGCCCUGGCUACUGUGUUCACGUCACUCAUAAUAUUCUGGCUGUGCUGAAAGCCUCGGCAUUUCUGUCAUUCCAGUUUCAAACGCAUGAAAAGCAGGAGACAGGCAGAGCAAGGGGACUGAAAUUUUAUCUACUAACAGGACAAAGCGGAUACAACGUUGGAAACUUUGGAAGAAAAGAUGUCCGGUGGGAUUUUCUCGCCUUUGGAAAACCUCUGCAACCUGGAUAAUGCCAACUGCCACCCCCUGGUGUGUUUCCUGUGCCAUGAGCAGUAUGAGCAUCCCUGCCUCCUGGACUGUUACCACAACUUCUGUGCCAGCUGCCUGCGAGGCCGGGCAAUAGACAGCCGCCUCACCUGCCCUCUCUGUGGUCAUCAGUCCAUAGUGAAAGGAAACAAUGGGCUCCCUCCUGUCGACAGGCUUCUGAAGUUCCUGGUGGAUAGCUCUGCAGACUGCGAGGAGGAAGUUCAGUGUGCAAACUGUGACCAGGAGUGCAAGAAACAGGAAAUGGACACCAUGUAUUUCUGCAACACUUGUAACCAGCCCCUCUGCAGCAAGUGCCGUGAAGAGACCCACAAAGCCAAGAUGUUCUCUCGCCACGAGAUUGUCUCCUUGACUAAACGCACUAAAGACAUCCACAAGAAAUGCUCUCUUCAUGAGGAACCUUACAUCAUGUUUUCAACAGAGAAAAAAUCCAUGCUCUGCAUUAACUGUUUCCGGGACAUGCAGGUAGAAAGCCGAGCCCACUGCAUUGACAUUGAGACUGCGUACAUGCAAGGCUGCGAGAAGCUCGACCAGGCUGUGAUGGCUGUGAAAGAGCUCCAGACGUCCACGCGAGAGGCCAUUGUCCUCCUCAAAGCCAUGAUUGAGGAGGUGCGCAACAGUGCAGAUGAGGAGAAGACGUCCAUCAACUCACUCUUCAGUAGCAUGCAGGAGAAACUAGCAGAAAGGAAAAAGAUGCUUCUGAAAGCCGUUCAGAGCCAGUAUGAAGAGAAGGAAAAGGCAUUUAAGGAGCAACUCUCCCACCUGGCCUCCCUGCUGCCCACCCUGCAGGUCCAUCUGGUCACCUGUUCUGCUUUUUUGAGCUCUGCGAACAAAGCCGAAUUCCUGGAUUUGGGAUACCAACUGAUGGAGAGGCUCCAGAAAAUAGUCAAACUUCCACAUCGGUUGAGACCUACGCAGACUAGCAAGAUAAACACCGAAUACAGGACGGAGUUUGCCCAUUGCUUGGAGCCACUGCUGCUGCUGAAUCCGCGCCGGUCUGUGGUGGUGAGUGGAGGUGGCAUUGGACCAGGGAUCAGCAAUGGAAACAUGCUCUCGGGUGGUCAGUGCUCCAAGACGCUGAUAGUGACAGGCGGUCCCCCUCCCUGCGAUAAGAUGUCCAUCACAGGCUCCAUAGUUCGAAAGCCAACCAUGCAUCGUUACAUCAGCACCAAGGUCCUGCUGGCCGAAGGAGGGGAGACGCCCUUCACUGAGCACUGUCGCAACUAUGAGAACAUGUACAGGACCCUGCAAACGGAGAUUCAGAACCUGAAGGAUCAGGUACAGGAGCUGCAUCGUGACCUCACAAAGCAUCACUCCCUCAUCAAGACAGAGAUCAUGAGUGAGAUCCUACAGAAGUCCCUCCAGAUGGACGUGCAGAUUGCCUCGGAGUAUUCGUCUGUGGAAAUGAGGCGGAGCACGUUUGAAGAGUUACAUGACCUGUUGCAGCUGAAACAGGAAAACAGCUACCUGACAACCAUCACCAAACAGAUUGCCCCCUAUGUCCGCUCCAUAGCUAAGGUGAAGGAACGGCUGGAGCCCAGACUGCAAGAACCCAAGGAACUGAAGGAUGACCAGACAGAGAAUCUGCUCAAAAUGUAUGAUGACAGCACAGUGACCAGCGACACAACACACAGGAAUGACUUGACAAGAAGCAUGGAAGACAACAGGGAGCCCAAAGUCGACAACCGAAUGCUGAACAUUGUCACUGAGGAUCCCCUACUGAAAGACACUUACAGAACCAAACAGAAAGGUGGGACGGAGAAUCCGAGCCAGAAAGAUUGUGCAACUUAGGCAAGGCAGAAUGCCAAGAAGCCACACGGCUUUGCAUUUCAUAUAUGCAAACAAAAGACUUAAAUAGGAGUUUCUCAAGUACAUUUAUGGUUGAGUCAGAUUGGCGUGUUAGAGGGGAUCUAUCCAUUGAAAUAAAAACUUGACAAGAUGGGGAGGACCAGCAUUUCCAAAUUUAGUUUGAUGAAAUUGAGUCUUGAAAUGCAGACUAAGGCUUCACCAAUUCAGUGAAUCUAAAUACUGUUCUCAUUACAUUACCAGAUGGUUUUUACUCAGUUAUGGUCUGACUUCCCAGGCCAAUUUCUUUGGCUGUUUGUGUAUUUUCAACAAUGUUACACUGUAUUUUUCUGCAUCAAUAAAUUCAAACCUCUAUUCAGCAGAGAAGUCCAGUAUCUCCUGAGUCAGAACUCUUUGGUGGGCCCCCAUCAGGUCAGAAACUUGUUAUUGGAAUUGGUCUCCUUUCUCCUUCACGUGAAAACUUUGAAAAAACAAAUAUUGAUAUAUUUCACACCUGAAAUCCCUUCUUAUCUCAGCUGCUCAAAGCGAACUGUAAACUCUUGGUGGUGAACCUAGAAAAAUGGAGUAUUAAUAAGCCUAAUUUUGACAUUGUGCUAUCAAUUUAUUUUAAAUGCAUGAAAACUGCUAGCUCUAUGUAAGUUUUAUUCCCUCUACCCCUACUCCCUGCCCCAAUGAAUACAAUUUAUUUAAAAGUCUAGCUUAGUAAACAAUGUAUUCUUUGUAAAAUGUGGAAUGUAGCUAUUUCCUCAAAAAGAAAGUCACCUUGCAUAGCCUUGAAGCUGGGUUUUGGGGCAGUUUAUGGUUUUGGGGUGGUUAUUUUUGGGGAGGAAUUGUUUUUAACACUUCUGCACUUUAGUGUAAUGAGAUCAGUAGGACUUCCUUGAGUUUUUAUGCUGUAGACUGUUCAGAAGUCUUGUUUUCCAUAAAAGAUGUACACUGCUUUGUAUAUUAAAAAUCUGAAAAAAUAAAAUGUCAGUUGAUACUUCA